CCCGACCUCCCCCAAAUCCUGAGGUUUCGGGCUGGAAUAGGAGUACUGAGCUGCCCUCCCUCAGAUAUACUCUGAAAGUGCUGAGCUCCCUCUCCCAGCCUUGAGAUGUUGGGCCAGGCUGGGGGUGCUGAACCUCCCGAAAGAUUCCACCUCCUUCCCCCUCCUCCUUGCCCCAAAAUAUCCCCAAUAUCACCACGUUUGCCCUGAUGUGUCAAACAAUGCCAAUAUUUAACUCUCAUAAAGGUGAACUGGCAGUUUAACCUAAAAGCCUGUUUGUUCGUGUUUGCUGUUUCUUGCUGAAAGGGGAUUUGAGGUUUUCCAGGUAGCCCUUGGAUUUUUACAGCUUUCCAUAAAGAAUCCAAAUCCAGGACAAAAAAAAUCGUCGAAUUAAUAACUCUUCCCAUGCUGUAGAGGUUUUUCCACGGCUCCAGUAUUUCUGUGCCAGGAUUCCCCAGCAUGUCUUCACUAGCAGAGAAGGACAGACCAAUUGUUCAGCUCUUACUCAACGCUGGCACUUGCCCACGAUGUAUUUUGAGGUUCUGCUGUGUGGGAUCACAGACCCUUUACAGACAUCCAGACAAGGAUUUGAUGAAGGAUUUACAAGACUUCCUGAAAAAGAAUCAAGGAGAAGAAGGCACAGUUUGUUUGGAGGUGGUUGACCCACCUUGUAAGAGGAUCAGGCUUGAAGACACCGAAGAAGGUCCCGAGGAUCUGAACCACAACGGAGCCCUCCCGCGGAUUCCUUCGGAGAACGCCGGGAAUGCUGCAGUGGAGAGCUGUGCUGGGAAGGUUUGCAACGUGUGUUUGGGAAUCCUUCAGGAGUUCUGCGAGGCUGACUUUGUUAAAAGGGUGUGCCAAAAAGUUAAUUCUGCUGACUACCAGUUCACUAGUUUUGUAUUUUCUGUGUCACUCCCCCCCCAGCUCUCUGUUAGGGAGAGAGCUGCUUGGCUGGGGGUGAAGCAGGAGAUGAGGAAUCUGGGCCUUUCCUUGGAAAAGGAUGACAUUGUUCAGCUGAAGGAAGCUUAUAAGUGGAUUAUCCACCCCCAGUUGGCAGAAGAGUUGGGUGUUCCUGCUGAUGGAAAGAGUUUGUUUGAAGUCAGCGUGGUCUUUGCUCACCCAGAGACAGACGAGGAGUGCCGUUUCCUAGCCACAACCUGUCCAGACUGUUUCAAACCAGCAAAGAACAAACAGUCUGUUUUCACCAGAAUGGCAGUUAUAAAAGCCCUAGAGAAGAUAAAAGAAGAGGAUUUUCUCAAGCAUUUUCCAUGUCCCCCAAGUUCACCAAAGAACCCGUGUGAUGCUCUGGAAAUUCAGUGCAAUAACGGUGCAGUUUUUGUGGCUGGAAGGUACAACAAAUAUUCCAGGAAUUUACCUCAGACCCCCUGGAUUAUUGAUGGGGAGAGGAAGCUGGAAUCUUCAGUGGAAGAACUAAUUUCAGAGCACCUCAUGGCCGAAUUCAAAGCAGACAGCUUUAAUUUUUCUUCCUCUGGAAGAGAAGAUGUGGAUGUGAGGACACUAGGAAAUGGAAGGCCCUUUGCAAUCGAGCUGGUGAAUCCUCGCAGGAUCCACUUCACCGCCGAGGAAAUGAAGAGGCUGCAGCAGGCAAUUAAUAACUCUUCAGACAAAAUCCAGGUUCGAGACCUGCAGCUCGUCACCAGAGAGGCAAUUGGUCGUAUGAAGGAAGGUGAGGAGGAGAAGACAAAGACCUACAGUGCCUUAAUAUGGACGGACAAAGCAAUCCAGAGGGAAGACAUCGCGCUCCUGGAUGAUAUCAAGGAAUUAAAACUGGACCAGAAGACCCCUCUCCGUGUUCUGCACCGGCGGCCUCUGGCCGUGCGCUGCCGGAUCAUCCACACCAUGAGCUCCGAGUACAUCGACGAGCACCAUUUCCGCCUGCACCUCAAGACUCAGGCAGGGACCUACAUUAAGGAAUUUGUGCAUGGAGACUUUGGAAGAACAAAGCCUAAUAUUGGGUCCCUCCUGAACAGAACUGCUGACAUUCUGGAGCUGGAUGUGGAAUCUGUUGACGUCGACUGGCCUCCGACCCUGGAUAACUGACUUCCCAAGGGAUGAGGAAGCAGCAGCUCAUGACCAAACACUGUGCAGUGUUUCAGCCUGGGUGCAAAGGGUUUCCAUGGAACACUUGGAUCAUGUUGAUCUGCCAAAGGAUACCCUGACUUUGAAUCUACUUUGAACACUCUGGACCAGGUAGUGUUGGUUCAGUCUCUGGCCUUACUUUAAUUUCUUCCGUGCAUAAAAAGAUUUUGGGAAGCCAGUGCAUUCCUGAUAAAUUAUAGUUAAAGAUAA